CAAUUUCCCGGGCUGGAAACCCAGUCUCCAAACCGGUCGCCGGUUCUUCUUAUAAAGAUGCAGCUAACGCUUUUCGACUUUUCUCCAGUAACUCAGCUCACGGUGUUACGCCAUUAAUUGAUACAUUUCCGUACGGCAAGCCAGAGGGCUCAGUUAGCACAUGGCCCGGAUCCAGUAAACCGCAGCCGCAUCUGAGAAAAGAGUGCGUUUGUUUUCUCAAGUCAGUCGUUUCGCAGAAGGCAUCACUAGAGAGUACCAAGUACAUCUGAACUGAUCCACACACACACACACACACAAAGCCGUUGCGGAAUUUCCUCGGACCGGCUUUAGUACAUUUACAAUUUCAGUGGCAGUAGAGAAAGAGAGCUGCAUUGUUCCAAACAGGCGGGUUUACAGCAAAACCCUUACCGGGCCGUUCUAAAGCGUCAUGACAGCGGAGAAAGCUAUUCCAUUAAUCAAUGGGAAGCCAGAAGAUACGAUGGACAUCGAAGCUUCGAAUGUCAAUUUAGUCCGUACCAACGACAAGAAAGUGUCAGACAGAGGCCAAUGGAAUAACAAAAUCGAAUUUGUCUUGUCUGUGGCUGGGGAGAUCAUUGGAUUAGGAAACGUGUGGCGAUUCCCUUACCUCUGUUACAAGAACGGAGGCGGAGCCUUCCUUAUCCCAUAUGUGAUUUUUUUCAUCGGCUGUGGUAUACCGGUGUUUUUCCUGGAGACUGCACUGGGCCAGUACACCAGCGAGGGAGGGAUUACGUGUUGGAGGAAAGUUUGUCCGCUUUUUGAAGGUAUCGGAUAUGCUACCCAGGUGAUUGAGGCACAUUUAAACGUGUUUUACAUCAUUGUUUUGGCGUGGGCCAUAUUCUACCUAUUCAACUGCUUUACAACUGAACUUCCCUGGGCUACCUGUGGACAUGAAUGGAACACAGAAAACUGUGUAGAGUUUCAGAAGCUGAAUACAACCAAUUGCAGCCACACAGCUCUACCGAAUGCAACUUCGCCUGUCAUUGAGUUCUGGGAACAUAGAGUGCUUGGAUUAUCAAGUGGAAUUGACCAUAUUGGAAGUGUACGAUGGGAACUGGCUCUUUGUCUUCUUGCUGCUUGGAUUAUCUGUUAUUUCUGCAUUUGGAAGGGCCCAAAGUCCACUGGAAAGGUGGUGUAUGUAACAGCAACGUUUCCCUAUCUGAUGUUGCUGGUUUUAUUGAUUCGAGGAGUGACGCUUCCCGGAGCUGGGGAGGGAAUAAAGUUUUACCUUUACCCGGACAUCUCACGCUUGUCAGAUCCUCAGGUCUGGCUGGAUGCUGGUACCCAGAUUUUCUUCUCAUAUGCAAUUUGCCUUGGAUGCUUGACUGCGUUAGGAAGCUAUAAUCCCUAUCAUAACAACUGCUACAGGGACUGCAUAAUGCUAUGCUGCCUCAACAGCGGCACCAGCUUUAUUGCUGGUUUUGCUAUUUUCUCUGUGUUAGGAUUCAUGGCUUUCGAACAAGGAGUGCCGAUAGCAGAAGUAGCUGAAUCAGGUCCUGGUCUGACAUUCAUUGCUUAUCCGAAGGCUGUCACUAUGAUGCCUCUUGCACCAUUAUGGGCUGUUCUAUUCUUCUUGAUGCUCAUUUUCCUUGGACUGGACAGUCAGUUUGUCUGUAUGGAAAGUCUGGUGACAGCUAUAAUGGACAUGUAUCCUAAGAUAUUCCGUAGAGGAUACAGAAGAGAACAGUUAAUUUGUAUUAUUGCAAUCGCAUCUUACUUGAUUGGAUUAAUAAUGGUAACAGAGGGAGGAAUGUACGUUUUCCAGCUCUUUGAUGCAUAUGCUUCGAGUGGCAUGUGUCUCCUCUUUGUGGCCAUUUUCGAGUGUAUUUGUAUAGGCUGGGCCUAUGGAAGUAAUCGGUUCUAUGACAAUAUUGAAGACAUGAUUGGGUACAGGCCAUUCGUUCUAAUUAAAUGGUGCUGGAAUUUCAUCACACCCGGUAUAUGUUCAGCAAUUUUCAUUUUCUUCAUUGUGAGAUAUAAACCACUUAAGUAUAACAACACAUACAUCUAUCCAAACUGGGGUUAUGCACUAGGGUGGGCCCUGGCUCUUUCUUCCAUGAUUUGCAUACCUCUGGGAUUUAUCUUCAAAAUAUGGAACACUGAAGGGACCCUUCUAGAGAGAUUUAAGAAGCUUACAACACCUAGUCCGGACUUGCGACGAAGAGGAAUAGGAUCACCCAAUGCGGACACAUGCUGCAACACAGUUAAUGACUGUGAUGGUAAACUUAAAAGCGAUGGACGCAUUCCUACCAUCACAGAAAAGGAGACGCACUUCUGAGCAAAUCCCCUGGUCUCUUUUAAAAAAAAACAGGAAAGCAAAAUGACAUCACUUAAUUAUAGAGGCCUGCUUGUUUUGCACAAACUUUAUUAACAUGUUAAUUCAAAAUUAAGCAUUAUAUACUUGUUUAAAAAAAAGUGACUUUUUAAUGAUUGUAUAAGUAACUGAUUAUAUAUAGUAUUUGAUAUUAGUGAACUUAUGUAAUAAUGUGACACUGGUAAAUGUUUUAUAGAAAUUCUAGUAUGGAAUCGAUGUAUAAUGUGUUGUAAAACUUUUCUGUUUGGAACUCUUUUUCAUUAUGGAAGGCACAGUGUUUAAUGGACAUAUUUGCUCAUCUGUAAGUUUGAAAAAGGCAAUUCCAAGUCAUACUGCAUGUUUGUGAAGUCAUUAUUUUUGAGCCUCCUACCUAUAUUCGUGUAGGUAGGUACAACAAAGGUCUCCGAUGUUAAGGAGGCAAAUUAAAUACGAUACUUCAGUUGUCA